AUGGCCUCCCAGCCCCAGUCCCAGUCGCAACCCCAACCCUCUCUCAAGCCUGCAAGAGACGACCCAGCAAUGGGCAACGACGGACUAUUCCGACGCAGACAGGACAGCCUUCCGCGAUCAGCGUACGUCUGCGUGCACUGGACCCAGACAGGUCGGCCAGUCACCAUGUCAACAGAGAUGCAGCCCUCAGGGAGGGACCCACGACUCCAGCGGGCGGGGCUGCGCAACGGGGCUGAGCUCGAAAUCGGUGCCAUCACGGCGCCUCUCGGUGUGAACGUUGGCACCUUGAAGGACCCAGCGGGAUAUCGACGGUGA